AUGUCGAACAGCACUGGCACUGAAGUGUUGCCAGUCCCGUUGGCGAGAAUUGAAGAUUUCGUGGAAACCAGCAUCGUUUUGAAGAAGGAUAAAAAUGGACUCGGACUUGGAAUCGUGGGUGGAAGCAACACAUUCUUCAAAGUGGAAACCCUUUUUUUGGUACACGUUUUCCAAAACGCGAUGCGAAUCUAUGCAGUCACUCCUGCCGAGGAUUUUGUACCUGAAUCGAUCCAACCUGCUAAUAAAACCCGGGCUCGAAUUGAGCGACAAACUGUUCGAACUGUUACGUCGUCGUCCGAAGAAGAUGCAGGAUUGUAG